AGAGAGAGAGAGAGAGAGAGAGAGAGAGAGAGAGACGUUGGAUGAUUUGAUGCUCAUCGUCAUCUGGAGAGACUCGGAGCACCUGCGGCUCUUUUGAACGAUUAUCCCGGCAGAUGUGAGUGCUGCUGCCCGUCAUGAGCGCACUUGGCUCUCCGCCCGCUGCGUCGCUGCGCGCCUCCGCGGUCAAAGCCGCAUCCAGACGCUGCUCUGCUCCUUCAGCCGUGGAUGCGAGACCAGCCCAAAGUUAGGCUCUGGAUGCCGUCAUCAGGUGUUGAAGCCCAACAUGGAUUCGGCGGGGAAGCGCCUGAAUGUUGAGUACUGCUCUUCUCCCACUCUGGCCAGAAAAGUGCCUUCCCUUUGCAGCUUUUGUUUUGUAAUAUCAGACUUCAAACCUGGGUCUAAAGAGAGAUUUUUGUUUUUUCCCCUCAUUGGAGCAUAGAACCCACCCACAUUCAUUUGAAUGCAACUUUUAACAUCACUUGUAAAAUCACAAAAAGAUGGAUUACCUGAUUUCAGCAGAGCAUGUUUCAUUUGCAUUUUUUAUUCGCCUCUCUGUUUCUGCUAGCAUCUUGAAGCUUCGCCAACAUAAUGGCUCUUUCACUUGAGGCAUCAUCAUUCAAAUUACGUUUUGACAAGACCGACUUAAUGUGAUCAUUACUCUAAUGGCUUUCUUGAGAAUGCCAGGAUGCCCUUUUUCUCUUUCAGAUUACUAAACUAGAGGUGUGUUUAGGCCUACCUUUACUGACCGGGAGAGAGUUUGGCAUCAGACCAGCGUUGGAGCCAAUGAUUCCAGUACUGGACAACAUGAGCCCCACUUCCUUGAGUCAGAACUGCUCAAACUGCAGCCACAUUUUAGUCCCAGGGCUCAGUGUGGUCAAGACUGUGGUUCUGGGCCUGACUCUUGGUGUGUUCAUCCUGUUUGGAAUUGUUGGAAACAUUCUUGUGAUCCUCUCCGUAGUUUGCCAUCGAAACCUAAGGACAGUAACAUAUUAUUUUAUCGUGAAUCUGGCAGUGGCAGACUUGAUGCUGAGCUCCACUGUUCUCCCCUUUUCUGCCAUUUUUGAGAUUCUGGAUCGCUGGGUGUUUGGACGGGCUUUUUGUAAUGUUUGGGCAGCUGUGGAUGUGCUCUGCUGCACGGCCUCCAUCAUGAGCCUCUGUGUCAUCUCUGUGGACCGCUACAUUGGCGUCAGUUACCCCCUGCGUUACCCAUCCAUAAUGACCAAACGCAGAGGUCUGCUGGCCGUCAUGCUGCUGUGGAUGCUCUCCUUUGUCAUAUCAAUUGGACCACUGUUUGGCUGGAAAGAGCCAGCCCCACAGGAUGAGUCCGUCUGCAAGAUCACAGAGGAGCCAGGAUAUGCAAUCUUCUCUGCUGUGGGCUCCUUCUAUCUUCCCCUGACCAUCAUACUUGUCAUGUACUGUCGGGUUUACGUUGUGGCUCACAGAGAGAGCCAGGGCCUGAGAGAGGGCCACAAGACAGAGAAGUCAGACUCAGAGCAAGUGAUUCUCAGGAUACACCGUGGAAACACAGCUGUAUCAGAAGAUGAGGCCCUCUGCAGCCGCACACAUUUCGCCUUGAGAUUGCUCAAGUUCUCUCGUGAGAAGAAGGCUGCCAAGACGCUGGGCAUUGUAGUGGGCUGCUUUAUCUUGUGCUGGCUGCCCUUUUUCUUGGUUCUACCCAUUGGUUCCAUCUUCCCUGCAUACAGACCUUCAGAUACUGUCUUCAAAAUCACCUUCUGGCUUGGCUACUUCAACAGCUGCAUCAACCCCAUCAUCUACCCAUGCUCCAACCAGGAGUUUAAAAAAGCCUUCCAGAGUUUACUUAGAGUUCACUGUUUGCGAAGGACUCCCAGUACGCACCACCACCACCAUCUGAGUGCAAAUCAGAGUCACACUCAGGGCCACAACCAGACCCUCGUGCUGAGCCUGGACAGCAGGGGGGCUUCCUGCAGACUCAGCCCCUCCUCUCCCGUAGCUCUGUCCAGAAAUCCUUCCUCCAGGGACAGCAGGGAAUGGAAAAUCUUCUCAGAAGAAACCAUCAGCAGAGGAGCUGGACCAGCUAAAACCAGUGGAGCUAAAGUGGCCAAACUCUGCAAUAAAAGCCUGCGACGGGCCUGUUGCUGCAUGCUCGGUGCUGGGACCCCCUCACAAGCACCCCCUCCAAUCGGAGAUCUUCCAACAAUCAAAAUCCACCAGUUGUCCUUGUCGGAAAAAGGAGAUCCUGUGUAAUCCCUGCAAUUAAUGAUUAUUUAUUUCUCUUUUUUACAUUUGCAUACGAAGAAUUCUUCAUUUUGCUCUGCUUUAAGAUUUAUAUUCCAAAUACCUCAGCUCCGACAUUGUUUUAUUACUUUUGAUAUUACUGAUACAACACCUGGCGCCGACAGAGACUCAGCUUUCUGAACAGAAUGUUGCAGAAUAAAUCACAGGACAGGACGGGAAUUAUUCCAUCAGUUUAGGAAACUGAGGUGGACCAACAGAGAGAAACCUUUCCAAAUGUUUACAUAUUUUACAUUUGAGGAAAACACUUGACGUAUCUCAAAGUGUAAAUAAAAAAGUUUUAUCUAUUGCAUGAUGUCAACAAAAGCUGGUGCUCCCACCGUACCAAACGUUUGCCUGACGCUGUUGAUGUGGUGAAAUCUUGUUUGUGUUUCACUCUUUCCACAAAUCAAAAGAUCUCAUGUACUUCCCUUACAACAGAUUUGUAUGUUUCUUUUUUUUGUUGGGGGUGGGGGGUUGAGGACAUUUUUGGACUUCUGAUGUUAUUUCUUUGCUUGUGAGUUGACUUACAGGAUAAACUGCCUUUGAAAACUUGUAGUUCAUUUAUUCCCACAGUGUGGCAGAUCUCUGAGCAAUGGCAGAUGGGUGUCUUAAUAUACUUCUGUGGAAUUUAAACUGACCUUGUGGUUGCUGGCCUCAAUCCUGACCAACCUCUUAAAAAAGCCACCAGAUUUAGAGAUGUCAAGAUAAGUCUCACACGCUCUCAGACAUUCUUCUCUCAGGCCACUCUCCUUUUCGAUUGCUGUCAUUUUUAAUAACCGUCCACACUGAAACAGUAAUG